UACAACCCCCUCUUUGGCCCCCACCAUCCCGGCUGUUUGUGGGUGGUGCAUUUAACACAGAGGCUCGCAAAGACUCAGAGAGCCUCCCCUUCACCUAAUCAGUAGCAUGAACCGGGAAUCAAAUCAAAACAUCACUGCAUGCGAGUCAAAAAUCUCUGAGCUUGAACGUGGACUUCCGUAAUUUUGUCAGAAUGUUUUGGAUUUAACGGGCUUUUCUUUCUUUUUUUUUAUAUAUAUAUUUUUUUUAGUCUGCACAGCUGAAUCUUCAACGACGUGUCUGUAAGCAGCUGGAACUAUGUUUCCAAAGAUUUUCUAUAUAUGUGUGAAAUUAUUCAGCGCUAUGCACAUCGCGUCAUCUGCAGACCUGCAGCUUGGCAUGCCAAAUGUUUGCGCCAACCAGGAGGUGUCCAUGUUGGGGGUCCGCCAGCCCUGUGUUCAGGUUUUUACCCGCAUGAUGCAGGUGUGGAAGCAGGGCUGCACAGGCCGCAGAUGGUGUGUGGGAUUUGAGAGAAGGACUGCGUACUACACAGCAUACAGGCAAGCGUACAGCAUGGAUUUUCACACAGUCUAUAAAUGUUGUCCUGGUUGGGCUCAGAAAGAUAAUGAGAUGGGCUGUCUACAUAGGGUGUGCAGUGCUAAUGCCUGUCUUAAUGGUGGGAGAUGUGCAGAGACUGGGGAGCGUAUUUGUCACUGUCCAUUAGGCUUCAAAGGUCCCCGGUGCCAGUAUGACGUUAAUGAAUGUGAAGUGGAUGAAGGCGGCUGUGAGGGUUACUGCUGCAACACCAUUGGGAGCUACUACUGCAAAUGUCCUGAAGGCAGCAAAGUGGGGCCAGACGGCAAGGCUUGUAAUGAUAUAAAUGAGUGUGAUGAGCUCAAUGGAGGAUGCCAACAAACUUGUGUCAACACGGCAGGCUCUUAUCAUUGCGAGUGCAGCGAGGGAUUCCGUAUGCACUCUGAUGGUCGAACCUGCAUUGUUGUUAAUUCUUGCUCCAUUUUGAAUGGAGGUUGUGAGCACAAGUGUGUGGAUGUGGGAAACAAGGAGUACAAAUGUGAGUGCAGAAGGAACUACCAGCUGAAACGAGAUGGGAGACACUGUGAAUUGAGGGACCCCUGUAAGGAGAGGAAUGGAGGCUGUGCACAGUUCUGCAACUCCGAAGGCGGUAUAGCAAAUUGCAGCUGCCGUUCUGGUUUUAUGUUGUCUGGAGACCAAAAAAAGUGUGAAGACAUUGAUGAGUGCAGCUCUGGUCAUGCAAAGUGUUCCCAUGGUUGCAUCAACAUGCUGGGCUCCUUCAGAUGUGUGUGUCAUCCUGGUUUUGAACUCGGUGCCGAAGGCAAGCAGUGCUACCGCAUUGAGAUGGAGAUUGUAAAUAGUUGUGAGAAGAACAAUGGGGGAUGCUCUCAUCAUUGUGAGCAUGCCACCAAUGGCCCCCUAUGCUCCUGUAACCAAGGCUACCAGUUGGACACAGACAGGAGGACCUGUGUAGAUAGUGAUGAGUGUUUGAGUGUGGAGUCCUGCUGCAGCCACCUCUGCAGAAACUACCCCGGCGGCUAUGAGUGCAGCUGCAGAGCUGGCCACAGACUGAGGCCAGAUGGCUGCGGCUGCGAAGAUAUUAAUGAGUGCCUAGCAGAGACCUCGGGAUGUGAACACUACUGCGUCAACACCUUGGGAACCUAUCAAUGCUUUUGCCAAAUGGGCUUCCGCUUGGAUCUGGAUCAGCACUCUUGCAUCUCUCUGUAUGGCGGUGAGCUGGAUGAGGAAGAGGAGGAAGGGCUGGAGGCUGACAGACUGCCUGACCUGCUGUUUCGAAAGGCUCCUCAGCUCUUGCAUUACACGGCAGCCCUGCACGUUCGCCACAGCACUGAUGAUGAUGAUGAUGAUGAUGAUGAUGAUGAUGAUGAUGGUCAUCAUGUUAGUGACAGUGACGAAGAAUUAGAGAUCCACAGAGAGCACAGGGGAGAGCUGAGACUGGAAAGCACCAUAGUGUGCCUAGAGGGCUCCUUUGGGGAUGACUGUAGUGUGAGCUGUGACGACUGUGUGAAUGGAGCAUGUAGUGAAAACAAGGACCAAUGUGAUUGCUCGCCUGGCUGGACAGGAAUCAUCUGCAACGAGACUUGUCAUCAGGGGAGCUACGGGAAGUCCUGUAACAGCAUGUGCCACUGUCUGAAUGGAGGCUCAUGUGACCCCGUGACUGGGAAGUGUCUCUGCCCUCUCGGGGUAAAUGGCCAGUUCUGCGAGGACGGUUGCCUGAGGGGCUAUUUUGGAAAGAACUGCAGACGAAAGUGCAAGUGCCCCAAUAAUGGACCCUGCCAUCGACUUUAUGGAGCCUGCAUCUGCUCUCUGGGAUUAUAUGGUCGUUUCUGCCACCUAGCUUGUCCCAAGUGGACCCACGGAGCAGGCUGUUCCAAGGAAUGCAAAUGUGUCCAAGAGCAAUCCAGUGGCUGUGACCCAAAAACAGGAAGCUGUUUCUGUAAGCCUGCAUAUCACGGUCUGCUAUGUGAGAAAGAAUGUGAUUCAGGCUUCUUUGGUGCCGGCUGUGAACAGUCAUGUGAUUGUCCAGGUGGAGGGUCAUGUGACCCUAAGACCGGAGUGUGCAGCCAAAGAUGUCCUGCUGGGCUUCAGGGGGACCAGUGUCAACUGGCCUGCCAAACAGGAAACUAUGGCGAAAACUGCCGUCUGACCUGUGACUGCGGAGGAGCUCCCUGUGAUCCUGUAACUGGAGAGUGCGACUGUCCUGCUGGGAAGAGAGGAAGUUCUUGGAAGGACUGCUUCCAAGAUCUGGAACCUGAACAUGGCCACAGACUGGGGGUCGUCAGAUGCCCAGUGAAGGUGGCUAAGAAGUCGGAGGUUAAAAGAUGGCUGGAAUGGUUUGCUGAUCUCCUUGAAGAAUGGAAGGAUGGCGAGCUGCGGGUUGUCUACAGCCCCUCCGAGAAGUACGACCGCCUAGUAAAAACAGCUACCUUGGCGGCGGGCAUCGACGGAAUCCUGGUGGAUCCGAACGCCAGGGGGGUAAGCCAGUACAAAGACUACACUGAGGCCAUGAAGAGACUUUCAACCUACAAAGAAGGCAAGGAGAAGGAACAAGCCCUCGAAGAGGCAGGGUCGGAGGUGGCCGAGGCCCCGUCCCAACUGCCCAGCAGAGCCACGACACCGACACACCGGCAGAACAGCGACGACAACGACGGAGGUCCCUCGGCUCCACCGGGUCCAUCGCGGAACGAGGACAUCCCACCUGCACCAGCCAACGAGGAAGGCCCAGAGGGACGGCUCGUCGGCAGUCUCUCUGAGGAGCAGUGGGCAGCGAUGGAGGAGGCGGCCAAGGACUGGUCCCCUCGACAAGGUCCGGAGCCCGGGUUUCAUCCCCGAGUCCACAGCACGGAGAGGAGGCAGCCACUGCCACCUACGAGGACCCCAGCGGCCAGCAGUUCCGACGAGGACGAAGAGGAAUCGGACGAGGAACAGUGGGGCCCCGGCCGCCCCAAGAAGAAGACUCAGAAAUCAGAUGCCUGGAGGAUGGCCCGAGAAUUGGCCGAAAUACCACCAGGGACCCCGAGGAGCUCAGUGCACUCCCAGAUGACGCCCGAGAGCAAGCCGUUAACGGUGGGUGGACAGGCCCCUGGGAACUGA